CAGCAUCUCUCACUCUCAGGCCACCACUAGAUGAUGCGUUUUUGGUGUUGAUUAUUAGUUUUUUUAAAGUUUACUUGCGGAAUCUGUCCAGUUAAACGUAAAUUUUAACCGAUUUUUACAACUGUUUACAAACCAAAAAAGCGGAAACCGUACACAGUUGAAUGUAGUGUUAUAGUGUCUUCGAGUUUGCGAAGGGCCCGGAAUUAAAAUGAGCACUCCGACCAAUUGGCUGACAUGCCGAACCUGCUGCAAAAAGGAGCGGGCUAAACACAUUCCUGUAGAUGCCAUCGAUCAGAAUGGCCUACCGAUUGCGGAGAUGAUCUAUCAGAUUACAGAUAUUAUGGUAACGCUGGAUUCGCAUCUACCGCAGCAAAUCUGCCCAGCUUGUUUGGAUGAACUCCGGAUGGCACACAACUUCCGGCAGAGAUGUAUUAAUUCCAACACGACCUUGAGCAGGCAAAUUCCGAAAUUGAGUGUAGUCAAUCCCCUACGUAGCGAUGCGCAACUAGCGCUGAUGGUGAAGGAGGAACAUUUUGAUACAGAGUUGGAAGCGGAGGAAGAAAGCCUUUACAAUUUGAUUACGCCUGAAGUCCAAAAGCCGGUUGAGAUUCCGCAACAGGUUGGAGAGUACCUGAAUAAAACCACGACGCCAAUGAAAGGCCGGACUGUUAAAAGAAAUCAACGUACCCUGCAAUCGAUCGCAAAUGAACACAUCAGAUUAGUCAAUAAGAGAUAUGCUUGCGCCAUAAACGAUGACAUCGAAUGCGGGUAUGCCCAGAAGAAAUAUGAUCCCAACAAUUUCGUUCGCCAUUUUCGAUCGAAGCACAGACAAUCCGCCCUGAAACUAGGCCUGCUGAUCGAUUCCGGGGAGGAGGAAAACCCGGAGAAAAAGCUAAGAAUCAUUUCGAAGCAGGUGAUAGAGAUGGAUGCGAAGCAUUUGAUCGAAACCAGCAUCAAGUUGGUCACCUUUCACAAUCUACCGUUGAAGUGCUUUGAGUGGGAAGGGUUCCAAGGUAUUUACAAACCGUUGAUGGAACCGAUGGGAUUGGUAAUAAAGAGCGAAGGAAUCGUCCGAUGCAUACGCAGUACUGUUGAACUGAUGAUUGCUCGAAUACGCAAGGAAAUAAGCUUAAAGCUUUUGUCGAUUCUGGUUGACUCCGCUGUACGCCAUGGACAGCAUGUUCUGACAGUGAGUUCUCAGUUCGAACUUCAUCAUGUCGUUGAGACACGGGUGCUAGGCAUAAUCUGGGUAAAGGCCGGUCAGACCGCUAAGCAGCUGAAAUGGAAGGUGGAGGAAAUUCUGAAUCUGUAUGAAAUAUCAAACGGGCAGAUUUUCGCUAUCAUUGUGGAAAAUGGAACCAACAUGCUUACCACGGCGAAGAAGCUGCAUAAAAGUUUUCGGGAUACCGCACGGGAUAACGUCGGCGAAGACACCGAUGGCAGCGAAAUGGACAAAGUGGACGAACUAUUAGAAGCCUUGUCGGCCGAGCUCCGAGAGCAGUUCAAUGUCAUACGGGGCCCGAUCCGGAAUCUACAUCUCGCACUGAACGACGUGCUGCCCGAUACCGAUCAGAACAUUUUUCGUUUCAACAGAUUUGCUCGCGACCUGCGUGACACCAAGUAUGACGAUUUUUUCCAUAGCAAGAAGGAAUCCUACCCGCCGGUAUGUACCGGGAACCGCUGGACCUCCAAGUACAAACUGAUUCGAAGCAUCUUCAAACAGAAGCAUUUGUUCACCGAACUUGCUCAGAAGAAUCCAGAAAUUGUCUUGCACGACCACGAGUGGCAGUACGUGCAGGAGUUCAUCGAUGCUUUCCAACCGCUGUACGACAUCACGAAACGGAUUCAGAAAAAGCAUCACCCCUUUUCCGAGUUCUACAUGCAGUGGCUGAUGGCGAUCAAGGAGCUCCGCAACAAGACGAAUAAUCGCUUCUCGAAACCGUUGACCGAGUCGCUCACCAAACGGGUGACGGUGCUGCGGGAGAACAUGGCCUUCAAGGCGUGCAUGUACGUGGACCCGCGCUUCAACUACUGCGAGUCGGUCGUGUUUACGCUGGAGCAACGGGACGAGAUGAAGCGAAAUCAAACACCGGAAUCGGAAUCGAUACAAUCUGAUGAGCGCAUCGCAAUGAAUGCUACAAAAGUGCAAUCUCUAUGCCGAACGUGCAGGAAGGAGCAGAAAAGUGACGCAUCCCAGAUUCCGAUCGAGGCGCAGGAUCUAAAUGGCAAAUGCAUUGCCGAUAUGAUUUACGAGCUUACGGAUAUUAUGGUCACCUUCGAUCGUCAUCUGCCGCAGCAUAUCUGUCCACAGUGCUUGGAGGAACUUCAAGCGGCAUACGGCUUCCGCCAAAAGUGUAUCGAUUCGAAUACCAUCCUGAGUAAGUUGGUUCCGAGUCUGACGGCAUCUCCCAACGAUGCAAAUAGUUUGCUGUUGGUGAAGGCCGAAUCUUGCGAUCUGGAUCAGACGGAUACCGACGACGAUAGCCUUUACGAUCUGGUUGAGCAAAACGUAAAUAUGAGUAAGGAAAAAUCCUCGAAUCAACCGAAAAAAAUUGUCAGAGCCCCUAGGACUCCGAUUGCUAAGCAGACGGAUCAGAGCGCAGCUCAGUCAUACUCGAGAAAUAAGAAACGGCAAUUCCGUCAAAUUGUCCGCGAAUGCAUGGAGACAGAUGGUAAAGCUUAUUAUUGCGCCAUAGAAAAGUCCACAGGUUGUAGAUACAGUCAGGAUUGUGUGAAGAUAGAUCUGGGUAACUUCAUUAGACAUUGUCGUUCGCAGCAUCCGGAAGCUGCUAUGCGCAAUGGUCUCGUGAUUCUUGAGGAAGGUUCCGUUUUGGAGCCGAAGAAAAUGCGACUGACCAAACAGCAAAAGUAUGACCAGGAUCAGUGGCAUCUGAUGGAAGCUUGCGUCAAAUUGGUGGCCAUGCAUAACCUACCGGUGCGCUGUUUCGAAUGGGACGGAUUACGCAUCCUACUGCAACCGUUAGCUCAAUCGUUAGAAUUUCAAAUAAACAGUGCGAAUGUCCUCGACUGGACCCACAUGACAGUGGAGCAUCUGAUGGAUCGAAUUCGUAGCGAGAUGAGUAACAGGCUGGUAUCGGUGAAAGUCGAUUCCGCUAGGCAUCACGGCCAACAUUGUCUGACCGUGAGUGCUCAGUUUGAACACUAUCAUACCAUAGUAAUGCGGGUGCUUGGCGUGAUUCGAGUCACCAAGGGACUGACUGAUAAGCAACUGAGCGCUAUGGUAUUGGAACUUCUAAACAGGUACAAUCUUUCGAAUGAGCAGAUAUUCGCAUUGGUUGUCGGUAAUGAAGCGAGUGUGCUUGCUGUGGGUGGUAAGCUACAGAAGGCAUUCGCUGAUACUGUGUCCGAUAUUGGUGAAUGGGACGUGGACACUAGUGAGGAAGCUGACAAUGUUGAAACACUGCUAGAUGUGCUUUCGACAGAACUUCGAGGACAAUUCAAUGCUAUUCGAGGUGCAGUUUGCAAUCUGCAACAGAUCAUAAGUAAUGUUGUUUCGGAUUUCGAUACCAAUAUCGAUCGAAUUCAGCGGUUCGUUAGAGACGUAAACGAUCCCAAAUAUACAGAGUUUUUCGAAACGAAAAAGGCGUCCCCGCCACCGCUGUGUUGCCCUAAUCAAUGGGAUGUCCAGUACGAUAUAGCUCGAAGCAUCAUCCAGCAGGAAAAGUUCUACGUCGCGCUCUGCCGGAAGUAUCCGAAACUCGCCUUGAACGAGAGUGACUGGAAAUUUCUACGGGACUACAAUGAUGCCUUUCUUCCUUUGCACGAGAUGAUUGAGCUAGUUCAGGGAGAGCAUCCUCCACCGUUCUCCGAGUUCUACAUGCGCUGGCUACUGGCCAUCAAGGAUGUACGCGGUAAAACGGACAAUCAAUUUUCGGCACCACUGGUUGAAUCCUUGACCAAGCGAUUGGUGUUACUCAAGGAGAACAUGGUCUACAAGGCAGCUAUUUACUUGGAUCCGCGAUUUAAUUACCUACGGUCGGUCGUGUUUACCGCCGAACAGAAAGAAGAAAUACAGAACUACAUUGUCAGCAUCUGGAACCGCAUUCAGAACCUUAAACCGGGCAUGGGCACAGAUUUGGCCAAUGUUGAAGAAAUGAAGCAAGAGGACAAAAAGGACGACAUGGACGAUUUCCUCACGGAAAUGUUCGGAGGCCCAUCCGAAGGAUCGUCCAAAUCGUUGCCGAUCACUCUCACCAGCAGUGUCACACCGAUUCUUCAUCAGCUCAAGAGUCUGGAAAUUGAACCCCGCCAGUCGCAUACCUACGACGUUUGGAAACAUUGGUUGCUGCGUGCCGACAGCCAUCCGGAGCUGUUUGCCGUGGCCAUGGUUGUCCUAUCGCUCCCCUCCAACAACGUCAACCUGGAACGGGCUUUCAGUGCGCUGGUUCUGUCCGAUCGAAGAGACGGACUCUCGGAGAAAAAACUGGAGGAGCUGCUGUUGGUGAGAUUGAAUCGCAAUCUGUUUGAGAAAGUCGUACUGUCGAUGGGCGAUUGGAAACAGGUUCUGGGAUCGUAAAAGUACGGUAAUGGCAAUCUUGGGAUUGAUUUUUCAUAUUAAAUAUGAAUAUUUAUGCUUCUGACGAAACUUUGAAU